AUGUUAAGUGCUGAAGAACGUCGUCAACGUAUUCUGGCUGGUUCAGAAAAGCGUCUUGCUAAACUUCGAGAUGCUAAUCGAAGUGAAAUGCCAUCGGAUAUUCCACCAAUGUUACCUGUUUCAGUUCCAGCUCCUCCUGAUCUUCUCAAAAAAUCAGAAGAAGUAACAAGUUCGUCUCCAAUUAUUUCACAAACUAAUAAUAAUCAACAAUCAUCAUCAUCAUGGUCAUCUCUAUUUUCAACCAUUACAUCAGCAACAAGUAUGAUGAAUAUAUUUUCAUCUUUAUUAAAACCAAAAACAGCACCUGAAAAUACAAAAGAAAUGAUUUUACUUGAUAAACAACAUAUUCUCGUAUUUAUUCUUGGAAUUUUUGUUGGACUUUUAUAUUCAUUUUAUAUAUCAUCUCAAUCGAAUUUUUUCUUUCUUAUUUAUUUUACAUGCUCGACAUGCAUAUUAACAUCAAGAUAUUAUAUGAUGCAAAUGAAACAUCGAACAAAUAUUCUAAUAACAACAGCUAUGUUAUCAGGUUUUAAACCAGAACUUAUGAAAUAUGCAUCUUUAGUUUAUACACUUAUAUGUGAUGCAUGGGUUAUAUUUGCAUUUUAUUUUGUUUCUUUUUGUUUAACACAUGUCAUAUGUUCUCUAUUUAAAAACUAA